AUGGGCCCUGCGCUCCUCCUCCUCCUCCUCCUCCCAGCCCCCCUCGGAGGGCAGCUGACCCCGGACCCCCCCUCGGCGGUCUCUGUGGACCUGUCCAACAGCUCUUUCACCAACAGAACUUCUGAAGUGUCCAACAGCAGCGUGAGCUGGUCCGGCCCGGCGCCGUCCGGGUCGCCUUCCGGACCCCCCACCGAGCCGGAGGAGGACGACUGGUCGCCGGCGGAGGCCUUCCUGUACACGGGGGACGCCUCCGCCCUGCGGGCGGCGCGCUGCUCGCGGGCGUACGGCGCGGCGGGGCGGACCGGACCGCUGCCCCGCGGCUUCGCCGCCGCCCUGCGCCCGGCGCUGGACGCGCUGGCCAACACGGCCAACUUCCUCAACAUGGUGUUCCAGGCCAGCGACCUGCGGGAGAGCACGGUGCAGGAGGACAUGGAGUGGUACCACGCCGUGGUCCGCGCCCUGCUGGAGGCCGACCGGCUCGUCCAGCGAGCCCUGCUCACCUUCGACGCCGACCCGGCCGCCCCGGCGCCGCAGCUGGUGCUCCGGGCCAGCCGCGGCCCGGCCGCCAGGGCGCGGACCGUGGUCCUGCAGGACCUGUCCCGGGCGUGGGGGAGCCUGCACCCCCCCGCCCCGGCCCCCGACGACAGCUGGUUCAGGAGCUUCAAGUUCCCCGAGCCGGGGCGGCCGGCGGCGGCGCUGUCCAAGAGGGUCCUGCUCAACGACCUGGACACCCUGGACACGCCCAAGUGGGGUCAGGGCGACAGCUACGUGACCAACCGCAGCGGCGUGCGCUGGUCCGGCGGCCCCUUCCUGGACUGCGCCGACCAGCGCUUCGUCCCCCGCUGGAUGCUCACCCUGUCCACCUCCUUCUACGGCCUGAAGCCCGACUUGACCCCGGAGUUCAGAGGCGUGGUCCGGGUGGACGUGGACAUCCAGGACAUCGACCUGGACCAGUGCGCCGCGGGGAGCGGCUGGUUCGCCGACUCUCACCAGUGCAACCGAACAACCAUGGAGUGCGUUCCGAUACCGGGCCGAGGCUUCCGUCUGGGUCAGUACUGCUGCCGCUGCAAAGAAGGCUUCUACGACCCCGAGACGCCCCCCCAGGACUCAGAUGGAGGUGCUGUGAACGGGAGUGGCGGCGGCGGCGGCGGCGGCGGCGGCGGCACGUGUUACCCCAACAUGCCCAUCUGCCUCCCCUGCUGGCCGGGCUGCCGGAGCUGCCAGGACGGCACCCCCUGCUGGGUGCAGGAGGACUGGCUGCUGCGGGCCGGCGUGCUGGCCGUCCAGGGGGUCUUCAUGAUCCUCAUCUUCGUCAGCAUGCUGGCGGCUUACCGCCAUCGCCGCAACCGGAGGAUCCGGGCGUCCGGCCUCCUGCUGCUGGAGACCAUCCUGUUCGGCUCGCUGCUGCUCUACUUCCCGGUCUUCAUCUUGUACUUCAAGCCGAGCACCUUCCGCUGCAUCCUGCUGCGCUGGGUCCGGAUGCUGGGGUUCUCCAUCGUCUACGGCACGGUGACGCUGAAGAUGUACCGGGUGCUGAAGGUGUUCCUGUCCCGCACCGCCCAGCGGGUGCCCUACAUGUCCAGCCUGCACCUGCUGAGGAUUCUGGGAGUGAUGCUGAUGACGGUCAGCUGGUUCCUGUGCGCCUGGACGGUGGGCGUCCUGCAGAACCGCGACAGGAACAUCCCAGUGUUCGCCACCGCCUCCACGUCCGACGGGCAGGGCUUCAACCUGUGCCACGUGGACCGCUGGGACUACAUGAUGGCUGUGGCCGAGCUGCUCUUCCUGUGCUGGGGCAGCUCUCUGUGGACCGCCGUCCGGCCCGUCCCCUCGGCCUUCCACGAGCCUCGCUACAUGGGCAUCGCCAUCCACAACGAGCUGCUGCUGUCCUCCAUGUUCCAUCUGUUCAGGUUCACGUUUCAAACCCUCCAUCCGGACUGGAUGCUGCUGCUGUCCUUCACACACACUCACGUCACCAUCACCGUCACACUGGCCCUGCUCUUUGUUCCGAAGUUUCUGUACGUGUCGAAGCCCCGGCGUGAGGAGAUCGCGGCUGAGGUGUAUGAAGACGAAGUGGACCUGCGGCGCUCGUACCUGAACAGCAGCUUUCAUUCAGCUUGGAGCGAGCACAGUGUGGACCCGGAGGACUUCAGGGAUGAACUGAAGAAGCUAUAUGCCCAGUUAGAAGUCAACAAGACAAAGAAGAUGACGGCAAACAACCCUCAUCUGUCAAAGAAGCGAAGUUCUCGAUGUGCACUGGGCAGAUCCAUCAUUAAACGCAUCGCCGAGAUCCCCGAGUCGAUGAGCCGCCAGUGCAGCCGCGAGGAGCGCGACGGAUCCUUCCGCAGUCGCAGCGGGAAUUCCGACUCCUUCCGGAGGACCCCAGACACCGUCAGUAUCAGUUACAGGAGCUCAGUGAAAUCAAGAACGCCGUCACCCUCACCAUCCAUGCGCAAGUCUCAAAGUGAUUACCACUACGUCCAGGAGCGAGACUCCUCUCUGCACGACUCCAUGUUAAGGCCCAAUUCUGUGAAGAGGUGCUCCCAGCGGUCCGAGACCGACUCCCUGGACAUUCCAGCUGGAGUCUGUAAGUCAGCCAGUGCCCAGAAUCUUACUAUUGACAUCAACCUUCUGCAUCCCGAUCACACUAGACUCCAUAAAUCCUGGAGCCUGACUUCCACGACCACCCAUUCGGUGGAGAACAUACCCAAGGUCAGCAGAGCCAACACGGUGCGGUCCAGGCAGAGCCUUUCUAUAGGCGACCAAACCCGGAGCGCCCUCCAGUCAGAAUCAUUCGACAAAGCAGAAGUCUGUCCGUGGGAGGUGGAGCCAGAACAAUCAAGUGACAAGAACCAGAAGCACGUCACAUAUGCAAACUCCAAUGACAGCGAAGAGAAAACACCGCCGUCCCCGCAGGCCCUCAUCUGUCCCUGGGACCACGUCCCACCCGUAGAAAACCAUCCUCCUGAAGCAGAGUCCCCCAAACCACCGGUCCAUGUGUCUGCAAGUGCACCAGGCUCUCCGAGACCAAAGGUCACGAAGGAUCAGCGCGUCUUCUCCUUCCGGACCACCACUAGCAAGUGGCUUUCUGUGAAAUCUUUUAUGGGAUCUGUGGAUGGAAGUAGUAAAUCAGGAAAGGAUGGAAAUUUAAACAGAGAGGAUUCUAUAUCACAAAAAAGUCAGGAGAGCGCCUCGACCACACCGAGGUCAGGAUCGUCAAGCAGACGUCCAAGUGUGGAAAAGAAAUCCCUGCAAAAAAGAAGCAUGACAACCGCAGAUGGCAAACCGUGCCUCGUCAAACAGAACGCCGUCAGACUGUCUUCCGGGGAUUCGUCUGACAGAAGUCCACGGAGACUUGUGAUUGUGAAAUCCGCUGUCCAUCCUUGGGACGUGGAUGACAUUCAAAAAGAUGGCACCUAUGAAAAUGUGUUCUUGUCCAGACAGAACAGUAAGCGCAGUAGUAUAAGUUCAGCGGCGAGCAGCUGCAGAACUCCCUCUACUCACAGAAGAGGUAGUAAUCGAAUUACACCAGCCCGUAAUGUUUCCCAUGCAGAUGUAUGUCCAUGGGAGGGCGCCGGCGAGGCUCCAAAGAAGCAGCAGAGCAUUAAAGCAGAUGUUUGCCCCUGGGAUUCGCAGGCUGAUGAACGAACUAAUGUGUGUCCUUGGGAAUCUAAAGAUCACGGAACGGUGAGAAGGCAAGGGAGUGGUCGCGAUAACGUGUGCCCUUGGGAAUCCCAGGAUACACCUGUUAUUCCACAGAUGCCCCAGUCCAAAGAUUUACAGGUGCAACAGUCUUCGAAACACGCCGCAGAUGUCUGUCCCUGGGAGACCGCAGAAACUCCCCAGACUUCAAUAAGAAAAGAUAAAGAAUACACUAAUGUUUGCCCUUGGGAUACUCAAGAUAAGGGUGAAGUUGUGUAUGAAAAUCUGAACACUUUUACUAGCAAAGGAACACUAACAGUUCCCUUACGCCAAGAAGUUAUGAAACCUGCCAUCUACCCUGGUGCGUCCAAAGAAAUUUCAGGUAACACACAACAUCCUGAAACAUCGCCUGUCCUGAGCUGGGGUAAACAAGCGACCAAGACAGCCGCAAGUUGUCCAUGGGAGUUUCCUGAUCCCCCAAAAAUCUUGGAAGAAAUUUGUCCGUGGGAAGACGGUAAAGCGGAGACAACUAAAGAAAUGGCUUCACAGCUGACCAUCAAAGUAGAUGUUUGUCCCUGGGAAUCAGAACCAGACAAAGCUUCUUCUGGAGAGAGAGGCAGUGUCACAGAAAAUGUAUGUCCCUGGGACACCGAGCUCCCAGGAAAACCACCGGCAGAUGUUUGUCCAUGGGAAACUGCAGAAUCAGGAUCAAGAAAAUCAGAGAUGCCCAAGACAUCAGAGGGUCAAGUCAGGCAAGACACAGCUCGGGCAAAUAUCUGUCCAUGGGAAACGGGCGAACCACAAACCCCCAAAGCAUCCGAGAUUUUGAAAAAACAAGACAGUGCUCGGACAGAUGUCUGUCCAUGGGAGACAGAAGAACCAAAGGUCCUCAAAAAACAAGACAGUGCUCGGACAGAUGUCUGUCCAUGGGAGACAGAUGAACCAAAAGUCCUCAAAAAACAAGACAGUGCUCGCGCAGAUGUCUGUCCAUGGGAGACAGAAGAAUCAAAAGUCCUCAAAAAGCAAGACAGCGCUCGCGCAGAUGUCUGUCCAUGGGAGACAGAAGAACCAAAAGUCCUCAAAAAGCAAGACAGCGCUCGGACAGAUGUCUGUCCAUGGGAGACAGAAGAACCAAAAGUCCUCAAAAAACAAGACAGCGCUCGGACAGACGUCUGUCCAUGGGAGACAGAUGAACCAAAAGUCAUCAAAAAGCAAGACAGUGCUCACACAGAUGUCUGUCCAUGGGAGACAGACGAACCAAAAGUCCUCAAAAAGCAAGACAGUGCUCGAGCAGACGUCUGUCCAUGGGAGACAGACGAACCAGAGGUGGUCAGAGAGCAGGACACCGGAGUGGACAGAGAUGAUACGUCCAACAGUAACAGAGAGCUCAGACAGAGUCAAGGCUCAUUUAACGCAGGAGACACUCCGGUGGACGUGAGCACAGAGCAGGAAGACGAGUCUAAAGCCAGCCUGGCUCUGGGCCGCCGGGACGCUCUGUGUCCUUGGGAGAUGUCCAGAAGCAGAUCUGGCUCAUUCACGGACAAUGCUUCAGACGUCUUCACAUGGGAGCCCGAGAACAUUCCAGAGGAGGAUGAGGAGGACGAUGCAGAGUGUGCUGCUGAAGCUCUGGUUUUCCCGCCCGAUUUGUGACCUUCGUC